AAUGGAUGUGGCUGCCUUACUGGGUGCUUUUGUUUUGAAGUGAAUGAUGGAAGAUGAUAAGGGCAGCUGCUUGUUCUUCUCAGAGAUUCUGUAACUCCGCAAAUCGCCUUGAACAAAAUCCAUUGUAUCUCUACAGAUUAAUUACUCGGACAAGACUUUGCAGUGUCCAUUCUUCUCAUUCCUCUUUUCAGUUUCACGCACAUUUGAAUUUAGACUCAUAUGUCUCAGCCCUAAUUAAUGGUACUAGCUCUUGCUCCCGCGUCUCCGAUUGCCAAGCAUUUCAUGCGCGAGUUAUCAAAUCUGUGAAUUACAGGCAUGGAUUCAUUGGGGACCAGCUGGUGUCUGGGUAUGUUAGAUUGGGGUGCGAGGAGGAUGCGCAGGAUUUGUUUGAUGAAAUGCCUGAGAAAGAUUUGGCGUCCUGGAAUUCUUUAAUUUCAGUAUUUUCACGAAGUGGGUAUAAGCAAAAGUGCUUGGUUGUGUUUUCUAGGAUGAGAUUUCAAACGGAUAUUCAACCUAACUAUAUCACCUUUUUAUCCUUAAUCCCAGCUUGUACAUACAAGGGAGCUUUGAGUGAGGGGAAGUGCAUUCAUAGUUUGGCAAUGAAAUUGGGUAUGCUGAGUGAAGUGAAAAUAGUAAAUGCUUUUAUUAACUUGUAUGGAAAAUCUGGGCACUUGGAAGCUGCUUCCCAGUUGUUUGAGGCAAUGCCAGUGCAGAAUUUGGUUUCAUGGAAUUCAAUGAUUGUGGUGUACUCUGAAAAUGGUUUCGCAGAGAAAGGAAUUAUCAUUUUUACCUUGAUGAGAAGGGCUGAAGUUGAGUUUGAUCAAGCCACUAUGUUGAUCGUGCUUCAAGCUUGUGAAUGUUUAGGCAUAGGAAAUGUAGCUGGGAGCAUCCAUGGUUUGAUUUUAAGGUUUGGUUUGAAUUCAAAUAUUACCAUAGCAACUGCACUUUUGAAUUUGUAUGCCAAGUUGGGAAGGUUGAGUUCUUCAAGAGAGGUUUUCAAAGAGAUGGUCUAUCCCGAUACGGUUGCUUGGACUGCCAUGCUUGCAAGCUAUGCUGUGCAUGGACAUGGGAAAGAAGCCAUUCAGCUCUUUGAACUUAUGGUGAAAAAUGGUGUGCAGCCUGAUCAUGUUACAUUCACUCAUUUGUUAAGCGCUUGCAGCCAUUCAGGACUUAUUGAUGAGGGUAAACAUUACUUCAGGAUUAUGUCUGAUCUUUACAGGAUUAAGUACAGAUUAGAUCACUAUUCAUGCAUGGUUGAUCUCCUGGGACGCUCUGGACAACUCAAAGAUGCUUAUGAGCUGAUUAAAGGAAUGCCAGUAGAGCCAAAUUCUGGUGUCUGGGGGACUCUUCUUGGUGCUUGCAGGAUCUACGGUAAUGUUGAACUUGGAAGGGAAGUUGCAGAAAGAUUGUUUAGUUUAGACCCUUCUGAUGCCAGGAACUAUAUCAUGCUGUCCAAUAUAUAUUCAGCAGCAGGCCGAUGGAUUGAGGCCUCUACGGUGAGAGCACUAAUGAAAGAGAGAGGUUUCAAUAGAAUACCUGGAUACAGUUUUAUUGAACACAAAAACAAGAUCCAUUGUUUUGUUGUGGGAGAUAGAUCUCACCCCGAGACAGGUAAGAUAUACAUCAAGUUAGAAGAGCUGAUUGAGAAGAUUAGGAAAGCCGGUUUUGUGCCUAAAACAGAAUUUGUUCUACAUGAUGUUGAGGAGGAGGUGAAAGAGGAUAUGAUCAACAAGCACAGCGAGAAGUUGGCAAUUGCAUUUGGUCUUCUGAUGACUAAUGACAAGAUGCCCUUGAUCAUAACCAAGAACCUUAGAAUAUGCGGUGAUUGUCAUGGCACUGCAAAGCUUAUAUCACUGAUUGAGAAGCGUACAAUCAUAAUCCGAGACCCAAAGCGGUUUCAUCACUUUGCUAAUGGAAUAUGUUCUUGUGGUGAUUAUUGGUAAUCUCCUGCAUUACAGCAAGCUAGUUUGUAAGAAAAAAUUGUCAUUAAAAGAAUUAUAUUAUUUUGAACCUUAUUUUUUAUAGAUAAUAAUUAGAUAUUGAACCUUAAAUUUGUAAUAAGGAGUGCAGAUAAUU